AUGCAGGUUUCUUGUGAAUCUUCGAGAGUUAAGUUCCUCCACGAUGAUACCCUUGAUAGCCUGUGUAAAACCCCUUGUUUGGCAGAGCUCGAAUUGCUCCGAGCUUCAAUUCAGAAGGCAUGCACGGGAGAUGUAAUGGUUCCGCCUUGGGGGGCUGUCUAUCCAGCUACAUACAUUAUUGACCGUUACAUCUACGCAACACGUCUCUCCUGUCUCAGAGACAAACAAUCCGGCCAAUAUUGCCAAACCAUGAUAGCGAACUGGGCUAAUGACAAGAAUGCUUCAGCUCACGCUUGCUCAAAUUGUGAGCUUGGUAUCCAACGUAUACGGCUUUCCUCUCCCUUUGGCUACAAUGAUGAGGAAGCUGCGGCCUUCUCGUCAUUGACAUCAAGCUGCGGUGCGGAAGGGUAUAAGUACGAGAUACCGGCCCAAUAUGCGCAGAACUGGAUUGGUCCUUUUCCGGAUCGAUCGUGCGACCACUCAGAGAUCACCGCCGAGCCAAAUGACACCUGCAUAAGCAUAUCAGGUUCGCACAGCGUAUCCACGUAUCAUCUGAUCCAGGAGAACGCAAUGGAUUUUGCUUGUCGAGAUCUGCCUCGGCGCAGCCACUAUCUUUGUCUUCCCCUACACUGUAAAACGCACCAGCUCGGUAUAACAGAGGACUGUCAUUCAUUAGCCGAGGACUUCAACAUCACCAUGACGGAACUCUUAGAUUGGAACCCCAUGAUAAACUCAAACUGUACUAACCUUGACUCUUGGAGGGGAUGGCAUCUCUGCAAGAGCUCCCCAACGAGCACAGUACCAUAUCGGGAAGAUGGCUCGUUAAAGCGCCCGGAGAGGAAGCUGCCGGCUCCGCCGAAACCCAGCCCUCGUGCCCCAGGAACAAUUGAGGGCUGUUACCGUUAUGAGAAUGCAUACGAAGACCUGUCAGCUCUGGAAGCGAGCUUAAACGAUUGUGACUUUUGGGCACAAAAAGGUGAAGUAGAAUUCAACGAAUUCCUUGCCUGGAACCCGAGUCUACGCUGGGGUGCGGAUUGCUCCUUGAAACCGGGAUACAGGUACUGUAUUAGACGCUGGGAAGUUCGACCAACUCUCCCUUAUUUCUACUGCUCAGAGCCAAAUCCGAGGUAUAUACCUUCACCCUCAAUUCCGCAAUCAGAAUGUAGUUGCUAUCUUGAAGCAGGCGAAGCUGAUAAAAAGUAUUUGGAAUGUUCUGAGCCAGGAGAAGAGUUUAACCUCAGUCUGUCAGAGAUGCGCGCAUUGAACCCGUGGAUACCAGAAGACUGCAAAGAAGACACAUUCACUAGCAGAUACUCUGAGGAUGGUUUUCUUCAGCUCUGUAUGGGGCGCUCGAACCCAGAUCCAUCGCUCCCUCUACCAACUUCCACGCAGCCUGAUGCGACUAGAAAUUGCAAGGAGUGGCAUAUCGUUUCCGAAGACGACACUUGCCAGAGCAUCACUGAGAAAUAUAGAAUUUCUCUUGAUGAGUUUUCUUCAUGGAACCGGGGAACUGGGAUGGACUGUUCGAUUUUGUGGGUUGGUUAUGGGGUAUGCAUUGAAGUGUCGAAGUAA